UCUUAUAAAAGCAAGAAUAGUAUCAGAUCAUAUAGCCCUUUUAUCUAAUCCUUUAGAAAAUAUAAAAAUAGAAUUUGAAGAAGAAUCUAAAGAUGAAAAUAUUGAUAGAUUACUUUAUAAAAAUAAAAGAAUUAAGAUUGAUAAUAUGAAUAUUUCUAAUAUUUUACCUAUAACUUCUAAAGAAAAAAGAAAAGAAAAAUUAGAAAAAGAUAUGAAAAUAAUAUUAAGAAAUUAG